UGAUUCUGAGAAGUGUGGACACCAGCUAGAAUAUGGUUGAGGAGUGAGGAGUCUCUUCCUCUGCUGCUAUAAAUAUGCCAACUUUGGACCCAACCACUAGUUCAUUGUAGCCCCAAACGCCUUCUUUCAGACGCUUAUCUUCCUCGCAAGAAAAAUAUCUCAUUCCUUGAUUCUUCUACACAGGAUUUCUAAUGCUUCCCUUUCUCCAUAGCCACUCUGGUUUUCUUGCUUUCACAAAUCAAAUUCAAACUUGUGUUUCUUUUUCCCCAUUAACGCUCCAGCUUUAAGUUUUCUUUUCUGGUUCUCUCUAAUAUUUUCUUUCAUUACAUAUUUCUUCAAAUCUCUUGUUUUCGAGCUGUAACUUUGCUUUUAAUAGUUUCUUUUUUCCUUUCCCCUAAAACCCAUUUUUUAUCCUUCAAGGAAGGGGACAAAUUUUUAGUUCACUGCUUCCUGUACAUUUAUUUUUCUUUCUGUUUCGUCUGCUUUCUUCUCUAGUAGCAUCAGUCUCUUUAAACAUUGAGAGAAUGCAGGAAACCAACGUUCCAUUUGGAUUCACCAACGCUCCCGAUAUUGGGUCCUCUCUCUCGCAACUCAUAUUGGCGGGAGGGAGCAACACCUUAGAUUCAAUUUUCUCUCAUUGCCUUCCAGAAAGCUCCAUUUCUGGCCCUGUUUUUGAGCCUUUAGGCUCUUCAGUCUACCUUCGCCAGAGAGAUCUCUUGCAAAAAUUUUGCGAAGAAAACAGAACAAAUAAUAAUAGUUCUUUUUCUCGCAAUUUGUUGACAAACCCAAUUCAAAGUUCUGUGCGGACAAGCAAUUAUUUAGCUCCAAGCAAGAAGAAACUAUACAGGGGAGUCAGGCAGAGGCAUUGGGGGAAAUGGGUCGCAGAGAUUAGACUCCCUCAGAACAGAACGAGAGUCUGGUUAGGUACCUAUGAUACUGCUGAAGCUGCAGCUUAUGCUUAUGAUCGUGCAGCUUAUAAGCUUAGAGGCGAAUAUGCCAGAUUGAAUUUCCCAAAUAACAAGGAUCCCAGCAAGGUUGGAUUCACAGAUUGCAACAGAUUGAAUGCUUUGAAGAAUUCAGUGGACGCCAAGAUUCAAGCUAUUUGCCAAAAGGUAAAAAGAGAAAGGGCCAAAAAGAACGCAGCGAAGAAGAAUAAUGUUGAUGCUAAUGAUUCUGAGAGAGAUAAAAUGGUGAAGAUAAAUUCAAAUUCAAAUUCAUCUUCCCCAUCCUCAUCAUCUUUAUCACCUAUUGUUUUUGGUGAUAGUUGGGAUGGUGAAUUGGUGUCACCAACAGUUUCUGAGGAUGGGUUCUGGAAGUAUGAAAAUUCUUCCCCGUCUGUUUCCACAGAUUGUCAAAUAAUGAAGCCAGAAGGAAUGGAUUUUGAUGGCUGCUCCCUCGCAAGAAUGCCUUCUUUUGAUCCUGAGUUGAUCUGGGAGGUUCUUGCUAAUUAAGGAACCAUUUCUUGUCAGAAUCCUAGUGAUGAGCGAUGUGUUAUCUGUUUUUACUUAUCCUGUUAGUUCUAAGUGUAAAUGGUAGUUUCAAUAUGACUAUCUGAGUACUGUUUCUUGUUCUUCUUGUUGUAAGUUUGGUUAGGAAUAUUAGAUAUUGUUGCUGUUUUAGGUAAAGGGUUCUUCUUCUAUGAAGCCUGGCCUUUGUUUUUGUAUGGAGGCAGUGAAGGAUGAUCAUGCUACACAGAGAUUUGUGUUGUAUGAGAAGUUUGUAGCCUUGAGUUACUAGUUGAAUAAUUUAAACAUUUUACUUCUUUUUUCC